AUGGCAAGGUCACCUAAAAGACAGGAUCCUAACGCCCAAGAAAACCUGCGAGCAAAGAGGCCUAAAAAAGAGGAGCAGGAGCAAAUAUUUGACGAGGAGGAACCGGCCUUUGAGAUUGGAGGUGGCAACACAAACGAAAGCGCGAGUCCUGAAAACACGGAUUUUUCUACAAAUAUGCCAACUCCGUUUGACAAUAUUGUUGAGGACCCCGUCGGCGGAGCAAGUUUACCAGAAAGCGCGUCGCCGACAACUAAUCUCGCCCAAACUACCAACAGCAAUAGCCAGAGUGUCAAGGAUGUUGAUGACAAGAAAAGAGGUAGGCCAAGUGGCUCUCAAACACAGAAUACUAAGGUCAACAGUACGGGACCCAAGAAAAGCGUUAUGACUCAGUCGUCUGCAUCAGCGCAUCAUCCCAAUACGCAACAAGCACAAUCCCAAAAUCAGCAGGCAGCUUCCUCGAAAAUGCAGACAGAUCCCGACAAGUUGAGUGAUGCUCUUUUUUCAGCAGGCGUUGACAUUCGAGAAGAAGAAGCGCUACUGAACUCAUCAAUGAACAUCACUAAAUCGAGCGCCCAAGCUGGAUCGCAAGCUGUGAACAAUCAAAUACCACCCCAGCCGCCGCUCCUGCACCCUACCCAUGUCGCCAGUUUUAUGAAGAAAGUUGGGAGUGAGCAAAACUUCAACCAGGAUUUCAGCAAAGCCCACGACGUUCUAAGCUUAAUGUCGACAGCAUGCGAAGUGUUCAUGACCGAUAUAAUUACGAAUUCUUUGGUUAUCUCUCGGCAUAGAAGGCGCUCUAUUAAGCUGAACUCUGGAAGGAGAAGCGAAGUGUCUCGUGCUCUUAGAGAUCUCGCUAUACAUCAGAAGGAACAAGAAGAGAGAAGAGUGAAAAGAAGAAUAGCAAUGGGACUCGAAAAGGAAACCGCCGAAGCUAAAAUGGAGACUGAAGAAACGCUUCAUAGAGCUUCGAAUGCCACUGCGAAUAUGAUGAUCGCGGGCGGAAAGAAAAAGUACAGUUGGUUGAACGCAGGCGCCAAGGCCAACAAUAAUUCAGUCAAGGUGCUAGGCAAGGUUUCGUCCGAUGUGGCAGCUAGAGGUGAGAUGGGCAUUCGUUACAGAGAAGCAAGAGAAGAACCUGGCAUAGUUAUGAGGGAUCUCCUUAACGCCUUGGAGAACAGAAGAGUAGGUGUAAAUACAGUUGUCGCCAAAGGUUACGCGAGGAUCCGCGACUGA